CAAGACCAGCCUGGGCAACAUAGUGAGACCCCACUUCUACAAAAAAUACAAAAAAUUAGCCCAGCAUCAUGGCGCACAUCUAGGUCCCAGCUACUGUUGAGGCUGAGUGGGAGGACCACCUGAGCCCAGGAGGUGGAAGCUGCAGUGAUCCAUGAUCGCACCACAGCACCCCAGCCUGGAUGACAGAGUGAGACUGUCUCAAAACAAACAGAACGUAAUAGCUCAGCUUUCAUGAAAAACAUGGUGUAGCCUAAAUGCAAUACAUCUAAGGGUGAUAUUUAGCCCACAGGGCUGCCAGUUGAACUCUGCUUAGGGAGGUUCCUUUCUGGGCUCAUGCUGAAGUCGCCUUUGUAAAAUCAGAAAUGUAUCUAUUCACAUUGAGCUUUUAAUAUCCCAUGGGCAAGGUGAAAUAGGGGAAGAUCAUGGGCAGAUGCCACCCCUCUACUUCUGCACACCACACAAGACACUGCGUUUUAUUGCCUCUUCAUGGUGUGUAGCAAAUAUAGCAGGAGUCCACUCAAAACUUAUUUAUUUAUUUAACACUGAGUCUUGCUUUAUUGCCCAGGCGGGAGUGCAGUGGUGUGAUCACAGCAGCCUCCGCCUCCUGGGUUCAAAUGAUUCUCAUGCCUCAGCCUCCCAAGUACCUAGGACUACUGGCGUGUACCACCGCGCCCAUCUAUUUUUCUAUUUUUGGUAGAGACAGGGUUUUGCCAUGUUGGCCAGACUGGUCUUGAACUCCUGGCCUCAAGUGAUCCACCCACCUCGGCCUCCCAAAGUGCUGGAAUUAUAGGCAUGAGCUGCCGCGCCCCGUGUCAAAACUCUCUUUCUAAAAUUUUGUCAGAAGGGGGUUGUGGCAGCUCUGUGCAACUUGUCCCCUUUCCUGUUUCCUCGUGUAAUUCUGUUGGAAAGUAUUGUUUAGCAGAAUGAUAAUAUUUUCAGAUUGCUUUUGUCCUUAAAAAAAGGAUGUGGCCUGCCUGCCCAGUGCCUGGGAAGCUGAAAUACCAGGAAGAAGAACAAAAUCCUGGGUGUUCUAUUGAGAGUGAGAGGAGGAUAGGAUUUUGAUGGUUCUACAAUGAUAUAAAAUUCUCCCCUACUCCAUGCCACACUGAGAGACAGAGUGGUGGAUCUAACUGGGGGAAGGCCCGCGGAGCCCAGUGCGCCCUCCAGGAUGGACUUUUAUGUCUUGAUAAGCCUAGGGGUCACCAUGCUGCAUAAUGAGGCUGGAGACCUGCCACUGAUGGUGGUUAUCACAUGUCAUGGCUUUCUUCAUUCCCGCUUUCCCUUUCUGAGGCUGGAAGAUAUUUGGGAGGUGAGAGAAAAUCAAGUUUGAAGGUAAAUGAAAAUAUUGGGCACCCACUAGGAUGUUCCACAUCUGUAAAUGCGAAUGCAUCUUUGUAAACACUUAACAUCUGUUUUGGGGGGGGUGCUUGUUUAAAUCCACAGAUGGCAUUUUGCCAGAGGCUUCCUUUAGUUCCCUAUUUCUCUCACUCAAGGUAUCCUAUUUUGGAGAUCAGACCAGGUGCAGCCCAUGUACCCUGAUGAACCCUGAGUUCCCCUCUCCAUCAUCUUCCUCACCUCACAGGUGCGGCCCUGAAAUGUGUUUCUACUGUCUCCUCACACAGCCCCCAUGUUCCCCUCCUCUGGUUAGUUUUAGGGUAGUCUGGCCUGGGAAGGAAUUUGGGACUGAUCAUGCCACGUCCCCUGGAAUGGGACUAGAAAGGAAUCCUGGGCUUCCUGGGGACCAAGGCCCCACUCAGGUUGUCACGGAAAGUGAGGCUGAGAGCCCCUCUCUGCAGCACCCUGUGGGAGGGAACCCGAGGUCUCUGCUGGUCCUGGUGGGUACAGACCUGCAGCCAUCCCGGUGCUCCGUGAAGCUCACUGAUUUCCCCAUGAAGCCCAUGGAAGCCAUCACUGGUUUCCAUGGGAGCGGACCAUGGCCACUCCUGCUCCUGUUCCCUGUGGGAAAGGGCCAAGGGCACCCCUGGUCCUGGUCACUGUGGGAAGGGACUGUGGUCACCGCUGGUCCUGGUCCCGGCGGAAGGGACUGUGGUUACCGCUGAUCCUGGUCCCCGUGGGAGGGACUGUGGUAAUCGCUGGCACUGGUCCCCGCGGAAGGGACUGUGGUCACCGCUCAUCCUGGUCCAGGUGGGAGCGGACCGCGGCUACCCUGGUGAUGGACCCCACGGGGCGCACCCGCGCCAACCCGCACGCAGAGCUCGCGCUAUCCGAGGCCCCUGGUUCCCGUCCUCCUCCCCGCCUGGCGCCGGAACCUGCGAGCUCGGGCGCGGCCUCGGGGCGGGGCGGGCGCGGCCUCCGGGAGGGGCGGGCGGGACAGACCCAGCCGCCCCGGCUCCCCCGCCGUCCGUGUCUGCGCCGCCCCCGGGGCCUGGUCGGCGGCGGCUGGGCUGGUCGAUGGCCCGGGCGGCGGCGGCGGCAUGCGGCUCCUGUUCCUGGCAGUGCUGCGCCCGCACACCGGCAACGCGGUCACGGCCCAGCGCGUCCGGCCACCGAAUCCCUUUUGGAAUCAUCUUUGGAGGAACUGAUGUCAAUGAAGAUGCCAACCAGGGAGAAAAGAACACCGUCAUGGGCAGAGUUCUUGAGGAAGCCAGAUUUGCUGUCGCUUUCACAGAGUCAAUGAAGGAAAUGGCACAAGCGCAGUGGAAAGCAAGACAGAUCUCAUUGGCUGUCACACGUGCAGUUCCUGUACAGCCGCAGGCUAAGGGUAAGAUCUACGUCCAGAGUCAAGGAAUUGCAACAACACCUAACGCCGCUUUUAACUGGAAUACCUUUCUUCGACGCUCCGAGAUUAACCAAAGUGCUGAUAAUCUGCACAUAUUUCUUCUGAUAUGUGGACUUCGACAAGUUAAGGAUCCUCUCUAUCUGGUGGAUGCAUUUUCAGAAUGGCAUCAGGAGGAGCCCAGUGUAUACCUGGUGAUUGCAGGUCCUGAACAUCAGAUGGCAGGUGACACCUUUGGGAGUCUUGUUGUGUGGAAAAUGAGUAUCUGUAAAUCCGAGAAACACGCUGGGAUGGAAGACGUUCUUCCCCGACCAUGGUGGCCGUGGCCAAGGAAUGGAGCCCCUGGAAGCCACUUGCAGACGCCACCUCCCAUUCUGUGGGGACUCCGGGAUAUUCACUCAUGCCUCACCAGAUCAGGAUCCAACACGUGCUGUGUUCCAUGUCGGUCCUAAUAGAAGUCCCAAGUGCUUAGGAUUCACAGAAUCUGUGGCUGCGCUGGUCAUCUCAUGAAAAUGAACUGUCUUUACUCCAAGUGGUUUGGAAAACAGAAUACGCCUAGUGUUUCCAGCCAGACAGGGUGAACCGCUGCCAGUGACAGCUCCCUAUCUUUGUGGGGUUUCUUUUUUUUUUUUUUUUUUUCUUU